AGCUUGACCACCUACCACCGCCAUCACUGCCCGUCGUUGCCCGUUGACCUCCCUCCACUUCAUUGAAGAAAUUCUUUAGUCGCAAAUUAGCUUCUCCGGAGCCAGUUGUCCACCCCUCCCCCUUACCGAACUAACCUUUACUGUUUACACAGCUUUGUCGCCUGUAGCCCGCCUUCGGGAAUCCGCAACUCCCCUCAACAACACCAUCCUACGCAUUCGCUAUGAGCGGAAGCAGUGACCCAGAGAGAGAGCAUGCUCUUGAACAAUACAAGGCGAAACUUUUGGAGUCGAGAGAGUGGGAGGCAAAGUUAAAGGCGCUACGGUUAGACAUUAAGGGACUCCAGCACGACUUCGAUGUGUCAGAAGACAAUAUCAAGGCGCUUCAGAGCGUAGGCCAGAUAAUAGGGGAAGUUCUCAAGCAGCUUGAUGAGGAGCGAUUCAUUGUCAAGGCCUCCUCAGGGCCUCGCUAUGUCGUUGGGUGUCGUUCCAAAGUCGAUAAAGUAAAGCUCAAGCAAGGAACUCGCGUUGCGCUAGACAUGACCACGCUCACGAUAAUGCGAAUGCUACCCCGCGAAGUCGACCCGCUCGUCUACAAUAUGUCUUUGGAAGACCCCGGACAAGUCAGCUUCGGAGGCAUUGGUGGUCUGAACGAGCAGAUUCGAGAGCUCCGAGAGGUUAUUGAGCUUCCACUCAAGAACCCCGAGCUCUUCCUUCGAGUCGGCAUCAAGCCCCCCAAGGGAGUGUUACUGUACGGGCCACCCGGGACUGGAAAGACGCUGCUAGCUCGAGCGGUGGCAAGCAGCCUGGAGACAAACUUCUUGAAAGUUGUGUCUUCCGCUAUCGUCGACAAGUAUAUUGGAGAGUCAGCACGUCUCAUUCGAGAGAUGUUCGGCUACGCAAAGGAACACGAGCCUUGCAUCAUCUUCAUGGACGAAAUCGACGCUAUUGGCGGACGAAGGUUCUCUGAAGGCACAUCCGCAGAUCGGGAGAUCCAGCGAACGUUGAUGGAACUGCUCAACCAGCUGGACGGUUUCGACUAUCUCGGACAGACGAAGAUCAUCAUGGCAACAAAUCGACCCGAUACCCUGGAUCCUGCCCUCCUUCGUGCUGGACGAUUGGACCGAAAGAUCGAGAUCCCGUUGCCGAAUGAAGUGGGUCGUCUGGAGAUUCUUAAGAUCCACGCCAGUGGCGUGCAGACGGAAGGUGAGAUCGACUUCGAGAGUAUCGUCAAGAUGAGCGAUCAGUUCAACGGAGCUGAUUUGCGAAACGUCGUCACUGAAGCCGGUCUCUUCGCCAUCAAAGACUACCGAGACGCAAUCAACCAAGACGACUUUAACAAAGCAGUGCGCAAGAUGGCCGAGUCGAAGAAGCUAGAGGGCAAGCUCGAGUACCAGAAGCUAUAAGGUGGGGCAUUCUCAAAUGGCGCAUUUGGGAAUGGAUGAUGGCACUGCAUGAAAAACCGAACCACCCAUCAUGUAUAAUAGCAAGUUAUCUUAGUAGCAGAAUCACCCAUUCUGCGGAGACUCAUGC